AAAUCGCUUCUUGUUUUUCUAACAGCAAAGAGGCUCUAGGGGAUGGCUCCGUGAGCUUGGAGGAGUGCAGCUCCUGGAGGCAAAAGUUGAGCAAAGGAGUGGCCAGACCUGUUCAUAAAGAUGCCUGCCCCGCUGCCUCCCGAUUGUCUGUGAGGUCCCCUAAGAAGGCUGCGGGGCCAAUGGCCCCGUAGUGAAAAACAGAGAAGUUUCUAGACAUCUGUUGAGAGCAGGCGCUUGCCUGGAGACGACAACGGUGGUGGACAGGCGAAGCCACUCAGACCUGAAGACAUGAGAUCGCCAAGGACCUUCACGUUCUACUUCCUGCUUCUUGUGAUUUGUUCUUCAGAAGCUGCGCUGAGCACACCAACAGAGCCCAUUGUUCAACCUUCAGUGAGUAAAGCUAAACCUGCAGUCAUUUCCUCCGCCCAGGUCUUUGAUUUCCCGAUUCUCCAAGAACAUGAGCUAGCCGGGGAAGAGCUACUGAGGCCAAAAAGAGCAGCUGCAGCGGGUGAUCGCGUGGCGGAAGAAUACAUGGUGGAUAUUGAGAUCAGCUUUGAAAAUGUCUCCUUCCUGGAGUCCAUCAGAGCUCACUUGAACAACCUCAGUUUUCCAAUUCGAGGGACCGAAGCUGACAUUUUGAACAUAGCAAUGACUACAGUCUGCACUCCUGCUGGAAAUGACCUCUUGUGCUUCUGUGAGAAAGGCUACCAGUGGUCUGAGGAAAGGUGUCUCCACUCUCUCACUUGUCAAGACUAUGACAGUGCCCUGCCAGGCGGCUACUGCAGUUGUCUGAAAGGACUUCCUCCCCAGGGACCUUUCUGCCAGCUCCCAGAAGCAUUCAUUACCUUAAAACUCAAAGUCAGACUGAACAUAGGAUUUCAAGAAGACCUAAAGAACACGUCUUCUGCCCUCUAUAGGUCCUACAAGACUGAUCUGGAAAGAGCGUUCCGAGCGGGUUACAGAACUUUACCAGGAUUCAGAUCGGUGACUGUGACACAGUUCACCAAGGGCAGCGUGGUUGUGAACUACGUAGUCCGGGUUACAUCGGCACCACUGCCUGGAUCUAUUCAUAAAGCCAAUGAACAAGUCAUACAGAACCUCAACCAUACUUACAAAAUGGACUACAACUCCUUCCAGGGAACCCCGAGCAAUGAGACGAAAUUCACUGUCAUACCAGAAUUCAUCUUUGAGGGAGACAAUGUGACUCUGGAGUGUGAAACUGAGUUCGUGACCUCCAACACGUCUUGGUACUAUGGAGAAAAACGCUCUGACAUCCAGAACAGCGACAAAUACUCCAUUCACACCACUGUCAUCAACAAUAUAAGCCUGAUCACCCGCCUUACCAUUUACAACUUCACACAGCAUGAUGCGGGCAUGUAUGGUUGCAAUGUGACAUUGGAUAUUUUUGAAUAUGGAACAGUCAGAAAAUUAGAUGUCACUCCCAUCCGGAUUUUGGCCAAGGAGGAGAGAAAGGUGGUGUGUGACAACCAUCCUAUAUCGCUGAACUGCUGCAGCGAGAAUAUUGCAAACUGGAGCAGUAUUGAAUGGAAACAGGAAGGGAAGAUAAGCAUUCUAGGGAACCCAGAAUCAGACCUAGAGUCUAGCUGCAGCACUUACACGCUCAAGGCAGAUGGAACCCAGUGUCCCAGUGGGUCUUCUGGAACAACAGUCAUCUACACAUGCGAGUUCGUCAGUGCCUAUGGAGCCAGAGGCAGUAAGAACAUAGCUGUGACCUUCACCUCUGUAGGAGAUAAUGCCAGCUACAAAGGGGAAGUGCCCGAGGUCCUAAGGCAUGUGAUGGAAGUGAGUACAGUUCAGAGCACCACCGGGAACAGCCUAGAAACAAGUAAACCCCAGGAGCAGCCAGCCAACCUAACAAUAACCCGGGACCCAAUUUCUGUUUCUGAGGGACAAAGCUUUUCUAUAACCUGCCUCAGCGAUGUGAGUAGCUUUGAUGAGGUGUACUGGAACACCUCAGCUGGUAUUAAAAUCCACCCAAGGUUUUAUACCAUGAGGAGGUAUCAGGAUGGAGCAGAGUCGGUGCUGAUGGUGAAGACCUCCACCCGAGAGUGGAACGGAACCUACCACUGCAUAUUUAGAUAUAAGAAUUCAUACAGCAUUGCCACCAAAGAUGUCACCGUUCACCCGCUGCCUCUGGUGUCAGACAUCAUGAUGGAUCCUUUGGAAGCCAGUGGUCUGUGUACCAGUUCCCAUCAAUUCAAAUGCUGCGUAGAAGAGGAUGCAGGGGAAGAGUACGCUGUGACUUUCCACGUGGACUCCUCAUCCUUUCCCGCUGAAAGAGAAGUUAUCGGCAAGCAAGCAUGCUACACAUACAGUCUCCCAGCGAACUUACCUCGAUGUCCCAAAGACAUCGCAGUGUUCUGCCACUUCACCAAUGCAGCCAACAGCUCAGUCCGGAGCCCAUCUAUGAAGCUCAAACUUAUUCCAAGGGAGAAUGUCACAUGCCAGGAUCCCAUCAUUGGCAUUGGGGAUCCUGGGAAAGUCAUUCAGAAGCUGUGCCAGUUCUCAGGUGUUUACGGAAGCCCUGGACAGGCCAUCGGCGGGACUGUCACUUACAAAUGUGUGGGCACCCAGUGGAAGGAGGAGUCAAGGGCCUGCAUCUCAGCUCCAAUCAAUGGUUUGCUCCAGGUGGCCAAGGCUUUGAUCAAGAGCCCCACCCAGGACCAGAAGCUCCCUACAUACCUGAGGGACCUUUCUGUUAGUGCUGGGAAGGAAGAACAGGACAUCCGCUCAUCUCCAGGAAGCCUGGGAGCCAUCAUCAGCAUCCUUGACUUGCUCUCAACGGUUCCCACCCAAGUGAAUUCAGAAAUGAUGAGAGACAUACUUGCUACCAUUAACGUCAUCUUAGACAAGUCUGCCUUGAACUCCUGGGAGAAGUUGCUACAGCAACAGAGCAAUCAGAGUUCUCAGUUCCUGCACUCCGUGGAAAGGUUUUCCCAAGCCCUCCAGCUGGGAGACAGCACUCCUCCAUUCCUCGCCCACCCUAACGUUCAGAUGAAGAGCAUGGUGAUAAAACGUGGCCACCCCCAAAUCUACCAACAGCAGUUUAUCUUCAAAGACUCUGACCUGUGGGGUGAUGUAGCCAUUGAUGAGUGUCAGCUGGGAAACUUGCAGCCUGAUUCAUCGAUCGUUACUGUGGCUUUCCCAACUCUCAAAGCCAUCCUUGCCCAGGAUGUACAGAGAAAGACAUCCUCCAACAGCUUAGUAAUGACAACCACUGUCAGCCAUAACAUUGUCAAGCCAUUUAGGAUUUCUAUGACUUUUAAGAACAACCAUCGUUCGGGUGGCAAGCCACAGUGUGUCUUCUGGAACUUCAGUCUUGCCAACAAUACAGGGGGCUGGGACAGCAGUGGGUGCUCUGUGGAAGAUGAUGGUAGGGACAAUAGGGACAGAGUCUUCUGCAAGUGUAACCACCUGACGUCAUUCUCCAUCCUCAUGUCCCCAGACUCCCCAGAUCCAGGGUCUCUUUUAAAAAUACUUCUGGAUAUCAUUUCUUACAUCGGGUUGGGGUUUUCCAUAGUCAGCUUAGCUGCCUGUCUAGUUGUGGAAGCCAUGGUGUGGAAAUCUGUGACCAAGAACCGAACUUCCUAUAUGCGCCACAUCUGCAUAGUCAACAUUGCCUUUUGCCUUCUGAUUGCUGACAUCUGGUUCAUUGUGGCUGGUGCUAUCCACGACGGUCGCUACCCACUCAACGAAACAGCCUGUGUGGCCGCCACAUUCUUCAUUCACUUCUUCUACCUCAGUGUCUUCUUCUGGAUGCUAACUCUAGGCCUCAUGCUCUUCUACCGGCUGAUUUUCAUUCUACACGAUGCAAGCAAGUCCACUCAGAAAGCCAUCGCAUUUUCUCUAGGCUAUGGCUGUCCCCUCAUUAUCUCCUCUAUCACAGUGGGGGUUACGCAGCCACAGGAAGUCUACAUGAGGAAGAACGCGUGUUGGCUCAACUGGGAGGACACCAGAGCACUGCUGGCUUUUGCCAUCCCCGCGUUGAUUAUUGUGGUGGUAAAUGUGAGCAUCACAGUUGUGGUCAUCACCAAGAUCCUGAGGCCCUCCAUUGGGGACAAGCCAGGCAAGCAAGAGAAGAGCAGCCUAUUCCAGAUCAGCAAGAGUAUCGGGGUCCUCACACCACUCUUGGGGCUCACUUGGGGUUUCGGUCUUGCCACAGUGAUCCAGGGAAGCAAUGCUGUGUUCCACAUCAUAUUUACUCUCCUCAAUGCCUUCCAGGGGCUCUUCAUUUUGCUCUUUGGCUGCCUCUGGGAUCAGAAGGUGCAGGAAGCUUUGCUGCAUAAGUUUUCAUUGUCAAGGUGGUCUUCUCAACACUCAAAGUCAACAUCCAUAGGUUCGUCAACACCCGUGUUUUCAAUGAGUUCUCCAAUAUCCCGAAGAUUUAAUAAUCUUUUUGGUAAAACAGCAGCCCCAAAGGCCCCCCAAGGCAAUGAUGGAAAUCUUGUUAGCAGUGGCAGUCCGUCACCCCGAUGGAACAUAUAACGUUUCCACCCCAGAGACAACCAGUUCAUCCCUGGAAAAUUCCUCUAGUGCUUACUCACUGCUCAACUAGGACCAGACAAAGCCAAAUCCACAGGCCCUCUCCGAAACAGGGUCCGUGGCAGGAAAAGAGACCCAUCCAAAUCUAUGGGUAACGUGCUCUCUCUGCAGACUUCUGGGAGCAGAUGCUGAAGAGACUCUUUCAAUAGAGAAGAUGUUUUCUUUUGUAAAGACAGACUAAAAGCAAAGGCCAUGUUUAUUUUUGCUCCUAGCCCUAUCCCAUGUGUAAUGCCAACUAUGUAUAGUAUUUAAAAGAACCCUCCCCACAAGGCUCAACUUUUCUCUAUGUACUGUAAAAUAGAAUUUUGAGGAGAUUUUUAUACACACACCCCCCCAAACACACACUCACACCAUUGGCUACAAAGAUAAGAGUUGAUUGAAACAGUAAGUAAAAGGCUAGUAUCCAGGAGUUCAGUGACUUCAAGGAAGGAAGGAAAGAUGGAGGGAAUGAGGGAGAUAAGCAGGAAGGAGGAAAGAUGAUAGAAUGGAAGGAAGGAAGGAAGGAAGGAAGGAAGGAAGGAAGGAAGGAAGGAAGGAAAAUGUAGAAAACAUUAGGGAGCACAUUUUAAGGUUUCCACAGUUGUGCUCUAAUAUGGCCACUCAUCUGCCACAGCUCCGAGAAUGAAAAUAUAUGGCUCAAAAACAAAAUGAAAUGAAGUCAUGGGGGAUAUAGUUAGCAAGUUCCUGAUCUUUCCCAGCUAAAAGGAUAAAAGAGAGAGGCGGGAAAGUAGAAAAGAAAGUAGAAAGGAAGAGUCGGCACGAGGAUGCUUCUGGCUGGAUAAUAAUAUUUGCAGGCAAUGCACCCAAGGAGACACAGUUCUCAUGACAAGGACACAUAUGAACCUUUGUAUGUCAAGGUCUGAGCAAAGCACAGUGAACAUGCAGAGCACGUAUGACAGCCACUCUGUAAGAUUCAAGAAAGGUUCAUCUCUCAUGAUCUGUCAGAUACGCAUUGUAUGCUAAUUUGUUCAGCCUUUUGAAAGCCAUGCAUGCAUAUGUACAUAUUUUAAUCCCAUAAUUGACAAACUUGAUCUACCGCACUGAGCUCAGAGUCCUACGUCUGUCGUACAUGUAACAACAGCUUUAACCGGGUACUCUCUGUGCAUUGUAGAAUAGAUUUAAUAAUUAUGUAGCAUGUACAUUUUUAUUUUGUACUCGUGACUUCAUUGUGACUGUGGUGAUGACAGCCCUUGGUGUGCUGUCUGUAUUGCUGUGUUCUAUCCCUUCCCAGCCUUCUAAGUUCCUAGGCCAAUAUACAUUCAGAGUUUCUAUGGUCUGAUUGGUGUUUCUUGCAGCCACUUGGAAGGAGAAAAAGGACCUGGCUCGAUAAGCAAAUCGCAGAUCCCCCACCCCCACCCCCAAGAAUUAGAUUCUGAAUUUAUGCCCGUGUGGUUUUUUUGUAUGUGUGUUUCUCAAAUUACAGAUAUUUAUUAAAACUGCAUCCAUGUUAGAACUCACCAGGUUCCAUAUCCAAGAGCAAGCAUGCACCCCACAUCAGGGUGUCAACCCAAAGGAACAGUGUCAGUUAACUUCUCAUUGCUGUAGUAAGACACAUGGAUGAAAGCAACUUACGGGAGAAAAAGGUUUGUUUUGGUUUACCCUUCGGAAUAUAGCCCAUUACGGCAGGGAGAGCACGGCUGUAGGAGCAUGAAGCCAGCCCAUCACACCCACCACCUCAGCAGUCUGGAAGUGGGAUCAGGCUAUGAGAACUCAAAGCCCUCACACAGUGACAUCUUUCCUCUAGGCAGGUUCCACCUCCUAAAAGUUCUAUAAUCUUCCCAAACAGCACCAUCAACUGGGGGCAGAGGGUUCUGGUACGUGGACCUAUGGGAGACAAUUCACAUCCAAACAACCACAAGCUGCAGACCCUUUAGGACCGACGUGCAGCAUUGAGUUUUUAUAGAGUGAGAGACUGUGUGGGUCCUUCGUUGGGAAAGACAAGAUAGAAGAGUCUGAGGUCUGACAUCCAUAGUUUUAGGUACUUUCAGUCUCUUAGUUCUAAGCUUGAAGUCUAUUUCUGCUUCUCCGUUCUUCAUAGCGGAAGGGCAGAGUGGGGCAUACAAAGUCCCGUCCCUUGGGUUCCGUUUCUGCUUAAGUGCCAUCUUCCCACACUUGCGUGAGAAACACCACACGCCUAUCCCAAUUUAAUGGCUCAUUAUUUAAAGUUCUUACAGGAAAGGAAUCCACAGGAAAUGUGGAUAAGAUCUCCAGGGAGUCUCCAAAGCAGAGCAGAGUUCAGUAGAGGGAAGACAAGAGGCGUCUAGGAUGGGACAUCCUUUGGAUCAGAAUCAGGUGCCAGAGAAAGAAUGGCCAGGAAUGUUCAGCCCCUUGAGUUGCACUAAGGAGCAUCAAGCCAGAGGGAUUUGCAUGGUAUAACAAGGCAACAUGGACGUCUUGGAAGCUCAGCACCAGGAGAGGCUGGGGCCGUUGUGCUCAAGAAUGCAAAGAUCCAAAGUACACUGAGCUUUGGCCCACUUCAUUGGUGCCUCUUGGGAGCCAUGGGGCUUGACCUUGUAAGGAGAUCCUCCACAGUAGCAUAAUAGUAGGAACUCUGAGCUGAAUUCCAUAGCAUGCAGAUCUGGCCCUCUGCCUGCUUGCAUUCAGAGAGACACGUCUCCCUUUCACCAAUUAGCAUGCCUACAAAUUCUAAUGCACACAUGAAUUCAUACACAGACCUACAGAUUGAUCAAGACACACAGGAACAUGUGUGCGCACAUGUGCACGCGCGCACACACACAUAUGUAUAUGUAUAUAUUCACGCACACACACACAUACACACCCCCAGGCACAUAUGAACACACAUUAACACCCAAAUACACAGGCACAUACAUACAGACGUCAUCAUGAGAACCACCACAUCUCUGUCCCAGCUGAAAGGCUUUUGGUUUAAAAUCCCCAUGGGAAGUUUGCUAGUUUGUAAAUGCAGGAUUCAGGAGAGGGGGCAGACAUAUCCACUCCAACACGCACAUACACAGACGUACCUUGAUCUUUCAAGGCACAGCCCUUAAUCCCAGAAAAGGAGGCUGGAGAUGUUGCUCAGUGGUUAAGGAUAUAUACUGCUCUUCCAGAGGAGUCUCUAGCUCGGAUUCCAGCACCCACGCUGGGCAGCUCACUACCGCCUGUUACCACCAGCUGACAGCAAUCUGUUGCUCUCCUCUUGACUUUGAGGCUGCAUGCAUGUACAUAUCCAGAUACAUUUACACAUACUUAAGGGUUUGAAAAUAAACUCCAGAAAAAUCUAUGUAACGAGAUACAGAAGGAGCACUUCGUGGUUUCCUGCCCACCACUGUAUAUGCAACCCCAUAUUAACAUUUCUAAAUGAAACCAUGAAAUAAACAUCGCAUCCAAAGUUGUAAAAGACAGAAACACGUAGGGUCUGUGCAUUGCGUGAAAGCUAGAGCCGGUGCCCAGUUCUGCGGCAGCAAGGGGGGACUGCGACAGAGAAGGCAUGUUCUCUGACCUGGGUGCCAAGUGAGUCAUGUUCACUUUGCUAAGAGAGCGCCACCUACUGCCCACAUUCCCACAUGUCUUUAUUAUGUAAAGUAGAUUUCCUCCACCGGCCACCAACUUUCCUUAAGGGACUUUUCAUUCAGGCAGUUUCUUGCAAAAUGAUCCAUGCGAAUGUUUCAGGGGUUGUGAAGUUGGAGAAUCCAGAAAUACACCAUUAAUUCACAGCAGUGUUCUCAGGGAAUACCGUAAGCAUCACCUACGGAGGAAAGGAAGAAACGCCAAGGGAAGUCAGGGCCUUUGUGAUUUGUGCAGGGCACCUCAGAGAGGUCUGUGUUGGGAGAAAAUACACACAAAGAUGAGAGAGAGUACAGCAGCAGCCAGUGUGGAGGGAGGCAUGUGGGAGUUAUUCGCAGGUGAGUGGAGCAGUAAGUCACAGCCAGUUACAAAGACAGAAAAAAAAAUUAUGUGGGCUGGUUAUUCAGGGAGAAAGUGUUUUAUCUGCACCAUGUAGAAAUGUUGUGUAUGGGCUUUUGCACCCCAAAGAGGAAUCCAGGGACCCAGGUCAAUAGAAGUCUGGUUCCUUGAGAAUCCUCAAAGAAGGAGCUUAGAACAGACAUCUCUUUCUUACUUAUUGUUAAAGACAAUAGAAAUAGCAUUUCUAUUGCAACCAGAUGCCGUAGGUCUCUAGAAUUACGACUCAGAGUUUAAAGUCAUGUCCUACUAAAAUAUCAGUGUAUUAGUGAUGCUGUCUUUCCUCAUAAUAAAAUACCUAAUGAUUUGCCCGG